AUGACGGGCAAAGCGGGCGCGGCGCUGGCCCCCAGCCUGCCCGGCAAGCCCAAGCCCGACGGCGCGGCCGCCGCCCCCGCCGCCCCGCCACUGCCCCCGCCGCCCCCCGCGGCUGGGGUCAAGUCCAACUCUGGGCCCACCCCUCCCCGCUGCACCGGCUUCGGCAUCCAGGAGAUCCUGGGCUUGAACAAGGAGCCGCCGUCGCACCCUCGGGCCGCCCUGGACUCUCUGCCCGCCGGGCACCUGCUGGCGGCCCGCUCCGUACUCAGUCCCGCCGGGGUGGGCGGCGUGGGCAUGGGGCUGCUGGGGGCCAGCGGCAUCCCCGGCUUUUACACCCAGCCCACCUUCCUAGAGGUGCUCUCCGACCCCCAGAGCGUCCACCUGCAGCCCCUGGCCCGGGCCCCCGGGCAGCUGGACAGCAGCCAGACGGCCAGCUCAGAUUCCGAGGAUGUCUCCUCCAGCGACCGAAAAAUGUCCAAAUCCUCCCUAAAUCAGAGCAAGAAACGAAAGAAGAGGCGGCACAGGACAAUCUUCACAUCCUAUCAACUGGAGGAGCUGGAAAAGGCCUUCAAUGAGGCCCACUAUCCUGACGUAUAUGCUAGAGAGAUGCUGGCCAUGAAAACAGAGUUGCCAGAAGACAGGAUACAGGUUUGGUUCCAGAACCGCCGGGCCAAAUGGCGGAAGAGGGAGAAGUGCUGGGGCAGGAGCAGUGUGAUGGCUGAGUACGGGCUCUACGGUGCCAUGGUGCGUCACUCCAUCCCGCUGCCCGAGUCCAUCCUCAAGUCUGCCAAGGAUGGCAUCAUGGAGUCCUGUGCCCCUUGGCUCCUGGGAAUGCACAAAAAGUCUCUGGAGGCAGCGGCUGAGGCGGGGAGGAAGACAGAGGUGGAGCGCCAGGCCCUGCCCAAGCUUGACAAAGGUGACAAGGAAGAAAGGGGUCCUGAUCCCAAAACCACCAUUUCCCAGGAGGAACUGAGAGAAAACAGCAUUGCUGCCCUCAGGGCAAAAGCUCAGGAGCACAGCACCAAAGUCCUGGGGACCAUUGCCGGGGACACCCCAGCCCCAGGCAGGAAGCCGGAGACAGGGGAGGAGGCGGCAGUGGCGGAGGAUGAGAGACAGACGGAGAAGUUGAACUCAUCGCAGAAGGAGGAGAAGUUGGUCUAG